AUUGUAAUCGUCGGCAAUGGAGUGGUGGGCAAGAGUUCAAUGAUACAAAGGUUCUGCAGAGGAAUCUUCAGCAAUGAGUAUAAGAAGACUCUUGGAGUAGACUUUAUGGAAAGAAUGAUUCGUGUGAAAUCAGAAAAUAUAAGAUUAAUGCUUUGGGACACCGCCGGGCAGGAAGAAUUUGAUGCCAUCACUAAAGCAUAUUAUAGAGAUCGUCAAUCGUUUUUAAGUAUUGAAAAGUGGAAAAAGAAAGUGGAGUUCGAGUGCGGAGACAUCCCUAUGGCUAUCGUUCACAAUAAGAUUGAUUUGUCUCAUCAGAGUGUUGUCAGGCGUGAAGAAGUGGAUAGUCUUGUAAAGAGACAUCACUGGAAACUAUUCAGAACUUCAGUUAAGGAUAACUUAAAUGUAGAAAACGUCUUCCACUUCCUCGCGGAGUCGUAUAUCAAUUCCAUUAACGAUGACUACAAUGAAGAACCAGUUUUUCACUCCUCUAACCAACCCUUUUACACAAAUAAUAUGCCAAAUAUAAUGCAAUCAAAUACAGAUCCACUCUUUCAUCAGAGGAUCGCACCAUUUGUACCUCAAUAUAGACAACAGAGAAGUCAAACCUAUAAAUUGGGUUAUAAUUACUUAAACAGCGGAAUGGGUUUACAGACGUACGGCAGUAAUGGAGUGGUCAGUCAUUAUCGGUAUAACGGACUACCAAUGAGACGACAGAGUUCUGCCAUUGUCUUACACAGACCUCAAUCACAAUAUCAACAACUCUUAGCCAAACAUUCAUUGAAUAAU